AUGCACAUUGCAUGCAAAGAUUCAGAUGAACCUGUGGUCAUAAGUGAUGAAAACGCAGAAACGCUUAAUGGAUGUGGUAAAUCAAGAACACAAAAUGAAGCAGCUUUACUUGCCUUAAUAGAGAAGACUGGUUAUAAUAUGGUACAAGAAAAUGGACAGCGUAAAUUUGGUGGUCCUCCUCCAGGCUGGGAAGGACCCCCUCCUCCACGUGGCUGUGAGGUUUUUGUGGGAAAAAUUCCUCGUGAUAUGUAUGAAGAUGAAUUGGUCCCAGUUUUUGAGCGAGCUGGAAAAAUCUAUGAAUUUAGACUGAUGAUGGAGUUUAGUGGUGAGAAUAGAGGCUAUGCCUUUGUUAUGUACACAAACAAAGAUGAAGCUUUGCUUGCUAUUAGGAUGCUAAAUAAUUAUGAAAUUCGGCCAGGAAAAUUUAUUGGCGUCUGCGUGAGCCUGGACAACUGCAGGCUAUUCAUUGGAGCGAUACCAAAAGAAAAGAAGAAAGAAGAAAUUUUGGAUGAAAUGAAGAAAGUAACAGAAGGAGUUGUUGACGUUAUUGUGUAUCCGAGUGCAACAGAUAAAAGUAAAAAUAGAGGUUUUGCAUUUGUAGAAUAUGAAUCACACAGAGCAGCUGCAAUGGCCAGAAGAAAGCUAAUUCCAGGCACUUUCCAGUUGUGGGGAAAUACUAUUCAGGUUGACUGGGCAGAUCCUGAAAAAGAGGUAGAUGAAGAAACAAUGCAAAGGGUAAAAGUAUUGUAUGUUAGAAAUUUAAUGAUUACCACAACUGAAGAAACCAUCAAGGCAGAAUUCAACAAAUUCAAGACUGGAGCUGUGGAGCGUGUGAAAAAAUUAAGGGACUAUGCUUUUGUGCACUUUUUUAAUCGUGAAGAUGCUGUUGCUGCCAUGUCUGUAAUGAAUGGAAACUACAUUGAUGGUGCAUGCAUUGAAGUAACAUUGGCAAAACCAGUGAAUAAAGAAACAGCCUGGAGACAACAAUUAAAUGGUCAAGUAAGCCCUAGUUCUGAAAGUUUGAUGUCUUUUGUAAAUAAAGAUGAAGGAUCCCAAAAAUCACUUGUAAGAUGUUCAGGUCUUCGAACACAUCUUAAUUGCCAGCACAAGCCAACCUCUCCAGAGCCUGAGAGAUGCACAUAUUCUUUAUUUCCUGGAACAAAACUUACACCAAUUAAUUUGUGUUCCUUAAAACCAAGUCAUUUCCAUUCAGCUGUCAUGCAUUUAGACUACUAUUGCAACAAAAAUAAUUGGGCUCCUCCUGAAUAUUACUUGUAUUCAACCACCAGCCCAGAUGGAAAACUACUACUAGUUUAUAAAGUUGUUAUUCCAGCUAUCACAAGUAAUACCCAGAGUUGCUUUAUGCCAGACAAACUGUGUACAAUUUUAGAAGAUGCAAAGGAGUUGGCGGCACAUUUUAUGUUACUGCAUUUAGACUACUAUAGCAUUCGCAGUUCAGUGAACAGCAUUUCCCUUGUUAACGACAGCCUUCCAUCUGGAGCAUCAAGUGGAAUAACAUACCCAUCAAGACCUUAUACCUAUCCCAGUUACCCGUUGUCACCAACAUUGUCUCUGACUAAUGGAAGUCAUGUAGAACCACGACUUUAUGUUUCCAAUCAGGCUUCUUAUUUCUAA